AUGGUGGAAGGAUAACAGUCAAGGAGUUGCACUCCCUCCACCCAAAGUGACCUGUGUUCUCCUUUUGUCCACUUUCACCUGCAGCUGCAAGCUUGCUGACCUGACCUUAUGGGAUUUCAUAGACUGCGUGUAUUCCACAGUAACAUCAUAUAAAUUCCUUUUAAAUUAGACAUUCUUAUAGCAGACACCCUCCUGACUGAAGGACAGAAUGAAAUAAGUACAGAGUGGUGGGAUAUUAACUCCCUGCACAUCCAAAAUAGUCACCUUGGUCUGUAGGAUUCAUACUGGUAUCGCUUGUUCCUUGUCAACCCCACCCCUUUUCUAGUGUUAUUGGGCCAUGGUUCGCAAGAAAAGCUCUUUUAUACUAUGCGGUGCUUUCCUGUUUGUCGCCUGGAAUGCUUUGCUUCUACUUUACCUUUGGGGUCGCCCUCCCAUGGGCCACCUAGGAGAAGGCGGUGGAGCUGAACCAGGAGGAAAGGAGGAGUGGGGCAUGGUCAGAGGUAAAGGAGGUCAAGUUAACCUUGCUGGGGAGGUCAUCCGACUGGCCGAGGAGGUUGAAAUUCAACUUGACACCCAGAAAAAGCUAUUAAAGCAAAUUGAAAGUCACAGGGCAGUGUGGGCUCGGCAGAAGGAGAUUGGGAAGAAGCAAACUGAUAAUAUCAAAGAAGUAAAUCCGAUUGUUGACCAGCAGCAGAAUAAUCCAGUUCCUCUCAUAAAUGAUGUGUAUGUCGGGGACCAAGGUGAAAUAAAACACACACAGAGGUCUGUUGCUACAGUAGCUGCAGGCUCCAAUAUAGAGCGGCAUCAGACCACUGAUGGAAAGGAAGAGGUUGCUGAGGACGAUAAAGUAACAGCUUCUGUUUCUGGUCCACAAGUCGUCAUUCCCAUUCUGGUUAUUGCCUGUGACAGAGUGACAGUAAAGCGGAGUCUUGACAAACUCAUACAGUACCGCCCUUCUCAAGAACUGUAUCCAAUCAUCGUCAGCCAAGACUGCGGCCAUGCUGAGACGGCUCGUGUGAUUGGCUCAUACGGAGAAAAAGUUGCAUUUAUCCAAUCGUAA